CCUGUGGCAGGUCUCGGUUCCUGAAUCCGCGGCAGAGUGAGACCUCUGCGCCUUCCGCAACUCCGCCUCAGGUGUUCCGAAGAAGACCAAGACCCGGUCGGACCUGGUCGGACCCGGUCCAUGGACCCGCGGAUCGGCUCUACUGUCCCCACAGGAUCCGGAACCGGAACCAGAGCCGGGCCUCGGACCCGGCUGAACCCGCCCAGGUGUGGCCCUUCUACCUGGCGCUGAGAGAAACCACGUGACCUUCUCCGCCGCGGACGCUGGUUCUGGUCGUGGUUCUGGUCUUGGUUCUGGUGCCACCAUGCCGGACCUGAUCAGUGUGACGGAGUUCAUCUCGGAGACGGAUGAGGACUACCAGGCCCCCACCACCUCCAACUUCACCACCAGGAUCAACCAGUGCAGGAACACGGUGUCGGCCCUGGAGGAGGUUCUGGAUGUGGAUCGGUCUAUUCUGUCCAAGAUCAAAAAGUCUGUGAAGAACAUCAACACAUCUGGACUGACCCAUGUGGAAAACGAGGACCAGUACAUCCAGUCGUUGGAGAAGUUCGGCGAUAACUGCGUGUGCAGAGACGACGCCCAGGUUGGCUCCGCCUUCCUCAAGUUCGCCGUCUUUACCAAAGAGCUGUCGGCACUCUUCAAGAACCUGAUGCAGAACAUGAACAACAUCAUCACGUUCCCAUUGGACAGUUUAUUAAAAGGAGACCUGAAGGGGGUCAAAGGGGAUCUGAAGAAGGCGUUCGACAAAGCCUGGAAGGAUUAUGAGACCAAACUAGCGAAGCUGGAGAAGGAGAAACGGGAACACGCAAAGCAACACGGGAUGAUUCGGACGGAGUUCAGCGGAGGAGAGAUCGCAGAGGAGAUGGAGAAGGAGAGGAGGAUGUUCCAGCUCCAGAUGUGUGAGUAUCUCCUGAAAGUGAACGAGAUCAAAGUGAAGAAAGGCGUGGACUUCCUGCAGAACCUCAUUAAGUACUUCCAUGCUCAGUGCAAUUUCUUCCAGGACGGGCUGAAGGCGGUGGAGAGUCUGAGGCCGUCGGUGGACAAACUGGCCACAGACCUGACCGCGAUUAAACAGAGUCAAGAUGGAGAACGAAAACAACUGGUACAACUCCGAGACGUUCUGAAGGCGUCGCUGCAGACGGAACCCAAGGAGGACGCUCAGGCCAAGCAGAGCGCCGGCUACAGCCUCCAUCAGCUCCAGGGAAACAAGGCCCACGGCACCGAGCGAUCCGGAGUCCUGUACAAAAGGAGCGAGGGGCUGAGGAAGGUGUGGCAGAAGAGGAAGUGCUCGGUGAGAAACGGCUUCCUGACCAUCUGCCACGGAACGGCCAACAGACCCCCGGCCAAACUCAACCUGCUCACCUGUCAGGUGAAGAGAAACCCCGACGAGAAGAGCUUCGACCUGUUCUCACAUGACAGAACGUAUCAUUUCCAGGCUGAAGAUGAAGCAGAGUGUCAGAUCUGGGUGUCGGUGCUGCAGAACAGUAAGGAGGAGGCGUUGAACCAGGCCUUUAAAGGCGACCAGGACCAAGGAGAGAACAACAUCGUCCAGGAGCUGACCAAGGCCAUAGUGGUGGAGGUGAAGAGGAUGAGCGGCAACGACGGCUGCUGCGACUGCGGAGCACCUGCCCCCACCUGGCUGUCCACCAACCUGGGCGUCCUGAUCUGCAUCGAGUGCUCAGGGAUCCACAGGGAGAUGGGGGUCCACUACUCUAGGAUCCAGAGUCUGGACCUGGACGUCCUGGGAACCUCCGAGCUGCUGUUGGCCAAGAAUGUGGGAAACGCCAGCUUCAACGAGAUUAUGGAGGCGGAGCUUUCAGCGCAGCAUGUGACCAAACCCGACCCCACCAGUGACAUGCAGAUGAGGAAGGACUACAUCACAGCGAAGUACACGGAGAAGCGUUUCGCCCAGCGGCGCUGUGCAGACCCCGGGUCCAGAAUCCAGGUUCUGUAUGAGGCUGUGAGGACCAGGGACAUCCUGUCCCUGAUCCAGGUCUACGCUGAGGGCGUGGACUUGAUGGAGACCAUCCCCCAACCCAACGAACAUGAACCAGGGGAGACGGUUCUCCACCUGGCGGUCCGGAUGGUGGACAGGAACUCCCUCCACAUCGUGGACUUCCUGGCUCAGAACAGUGGGAACCUGGACAAACAGACGAGCAGAGGGAGUACAGCGCUGCAUUACUGCUGUCUGACCGACAACAGCGAAUGUCUGAAACUGCUGCUCCGAGGAAAAGCAUCAGUGUCCAUCACGAAUGAAGCCGGAGAGACGGCGCUGGACAUCGCCAAACGCCUCCGCCAUAGCCGCUGUGAAGAACUGUUGACUCAGGCCCAGACCGGGAAGUUCAACGUCCACGUCCACGUCGAGUACGAAUGGCGGCUCCAGAACGAGGACCUGGAUGAGAGCGAGGACGAGAUGGAGGACAAGCCCAUCCCCAAUCGGAGGGAGGAGCGUCCCGUCAGCUGCUUCGUGCCAGGCUCCGCCCCCUUGCAGCCCAACCUGGCGUCUCUGGCCCGCGACGCCGCCAUCGUGGCCCGGGACAAACAGAGGCCGCAGGUUCCCAGUAUGAUGAUCAGCAACGAGACGUACGGAACCAUGAUGGACCUGAACCUGCCGCCGCCGGGCCCCACACCGCCGCUGCCCCCUAGGGGUCCACACAGAGGCUCUGGACACGGGAAGCCUGUUGCCAUGGAAACCGUUGGACGACAGCGCUCGUCGUCCGACCCCCCGAACCCUCACACCCCUGAGAGGAACUCGUCCAUGUACGUUCUCCCAGCAGCCCCUCCUCCUCCUCCAGUGAGUAAGCGUUCCACCAUGAUGGACCCCAAGCAGCUGUCGGCCAGGAACACCCCCCUGCCCCCUCUGCCCCCUCUACCCCCCCUGCCUCCGGCUCCGCCCCUCCGGGACUCCCCUCUGGACCCCCAGCCCCGCCGGUCCCAGCCCCGCCUCCCCCCUCCAUCCCACCUCCGCCGCACUACAAGCUCCGCCCCUCCCGCCCCCGGUGCCCAUCCACCAGACGGGAAGACCCGGACCCAAGUCGCCCAAAUCCCCCACCGGGUCCGAGAAGCCCCGCCCACAGAGACCACCGGUCCGGACCGGAUCCAUGGGUCAAAGAGCGUCUUCGACUAAAUCUCCUCAGAGUCCGAGUCCACCAACACCCAAACCCAGGACCACCUACUCUAAGCAGAAGCCUCAGAGGGUGAAGGCCAUCUAUAACUGUUCAGCCGAUAACGAGGACGAGCUGACGUUCAGAGAAGGAGAGGUGAUCGUGGUGGAGGGGGAGGAGGACGGGGAGUGGUGG